CUUCUCACACCUUGAAACUCAGACAGUCGUUUUUGUCACUGAGAGGUGAGAUGGCGCAGAAAGGAGUUGAGCUGGAGCGGGAAUCCUUCUCUUGUUCCAUCUGUCUGGAUCUACUGAAGGAUCCGGUGGCUAUUCCCUGUGGACACAGCUACUGUAUGAGCUGUAUUAAAACCCACUGGGACAAAGAGGAUGAGAAGAGGAUCUACAGCUGCCCUCAGUGUAGACAGACCUUCACACUGAGGCCUGUCCUGGGGAAAAACACCAUGUUGGCUGAUUUAGUGGAGCAGUUGAAGAAGACUGGACUUCAAGCUGCUCCUGCUGAUCACUGCUACGCUGGAGCUGAAGAUGUGGCCUGUGAUUUCUGCACUGGGAGAAAACUGAAAGCCGUCAAGUCCUGUUUGGUUUGUUUGGCCUCUUAUUGUGAAAAACACCUGCAACAUCAUUAUGAUGUUCCUCCGUUAAAGAAGCACAAGCUGGUGGACCCCACCAACAAGCUCCAGGAGAACAUCUGCUCUCGUCACGAUGAGGUGAUGAAGAUGUUCUGCCGCACCGAUCAGCAGUGUAUCUGUUAUCUCUGCUCUGUGGACGAACAUAAAGGCCACGACACAGUCACAGCUGCAGCAGAAAGGACGGAGAGGCAGAGAGAGCUCGAGUUGAGUCGACAAGAAAUCCAGCAGAGAGUCCAGGACAGAGAGAAAGAUGUGAAGCUGCUUCAACAGGAGCUGGAGGCUGUCAAUGGCUCUGCUGACAAAGCAGUGGAGGACAGUGAGAAGAUCUUCACUGAGAUGAUCCGUCUGGUGGAGAAAAGAAGCUCCGACAUGAAGCAGCAGAUCAGAUCCCAGCAGGAAACUGAAGUGAGUCGAGUCAAAGAUCUUCAGGAGAAGCUGGAGCAGGAGAUCACUGAGCUGAAGAGGAAAGACGCUGAACUGAAGCAGCUCUCACACACAGAGGAUCACAACCAGUUUCUACACAACUACCCCUCACUGACACCACUCAGUCCGUCUACACACUCAUCCAGCAUCAACAUCCGUCCUCUCAGGUACUUUGAGGCUGUGACAGCAGCUGUGUCAGAGGUCAGAGGUCGACUACAGGACGUCCUGACCGAGUCAGAGACAAACAUCUCACGGACAGUGACUCAAGUGGAUGUUUUACUGUCACAACCAGAGCCCAAGACCAGAGAGGAAUUCUUAACAUAUUCACAGGAAAUCACACUGGAUCCAAACACAGCACACAAAUGUCUGUUCUUAUCUGAGGGAAACAGAAAAGUAACAGUAAUGAGAGAAGAACAGUUUUAUUCUAGUCACCCAGACAGAUUCACUGUUUGGCCUCAGGUCCUGAGUAGAGAGAGUCUGACUGGACGUUGUUACUGGGAGGUGGAGAGGAGAGGAAGAGUUAUUGUAGCAGUCGCAUACAAGAAUAUCAUCAGAGCAGGGAUCUCAGAUGAAUGUAGAUUUGGAUUCAAUGACAAAUCUUGGAUGUUAUAUUGUUGUGAAAACAGUUAUAUCUUUUAUUACAACAGUAUCAACACUCCAGUCUCAGGUCCGGUGUCCUCCAGAGUCGGAGUGUACCUGGAUCACAGUGCAGGUGUUCUGUCCUUCUACAGCGUCUCUGACACCAUGACUCUCCUCCACAGAGUCCAGACCACAUUCACUCAGACGCUCUGUGCUGGAGUUGGGUUUUAUUAUGUAGGAGACACAGCUGAGUUCUGUAAACUCAAAUAGACUUGAGUCAUUUAAAGAGCAGUGAUUUAAACUCUCUUUAGACCUUUAAUUGCUUUUCUCUCAAAGCUUUUUAUUGUUGUUGUUGUUGUUGUUGUUAUUGUUGUUGUUGUCAUGACAUUUGUGCUCAGCUGUCAAUCAAACCCAGUGGGCGGAGCCGUGGACGAUCUCACUGCUCAUGAUGACGUUCGUUCACCUCGACUGACUUUUCUCCACAUGAGAAUAUAAACAUGUCUGUGCUCUGAACGUGCUGUGAGGCCUUUUUUCUGAAUUGUCUUGAUACUGAUCAACAACAGAUGAAAUCAUUUGUGUAAUUUGUAAUUUGAGUGUGAUCUCGGUUGUAGGCCUUUUUCUCUCUGGAAACAUCUGCCUGCUUUUAAAUAUUUAUUUAUUCAAAUCAAACUUUGUAUCGUGAACAUUAUGCUGUCGCUCAACGUGGUUUAUUUCUUCACCUUCCCUGACAGAAGUGGAGACUCGCGGGUAAUUCCAUGUAUUCUUGUUAACACAACUCUCAUGUGAUGGGAUUAACUUGUCCUAUUAAUGUGCCGAUGACAUAUUUUAAACGAUUGUAACCGUCCUUCAGGGCUGCAGCCUGCAAUUAUUUCGUAUUACAUUAGCAUCUGAUUUGUUUUCUUCCACGAAUAAUUGAUUCAUCGUUAUUAUCUUUUCUUUAAAACCUCAGAGAUUGAAGUUUAUAAUUUUCUGAGAGCCAGGGGUUAAAUUUGUCUGGGAAAUAUAGUCAAUUCACUGUUAUACACGUAGAAGAAAACUGCAGCGAAUCACCACAUCUGAAGCCUACAAAACAUUCCUUAAAAUAAAAAUAAAAACUAUUAUUCAAAAUG